AUGAACUACUCGAGAACAGAAAGAAGAAAGUCAAUGGCUGAGCGGAGGACAAGCACCUCAUACACACCACCCGUUAUUCCUCAUUUGGCCGGUUUAGAGAAACCACAGGACCAAUACUUGAAGAUGGACAAUUGCGAUGUAUUAAUUAUAGGAACCAGUUUACAAGAAAGUAUCUUGGCUGCUGCCUUGUCAUGGCAAAACACCUCGGUCUUGCACAUUGAUAGUAGACCCUACUAUGGUGACUCUACCUCGACCUUGACCAUUGAACAGUUGAAAAAAUGGUGUGCCGAAGUCAACCAGGGCAAAAUCCCACAUUUCCAAGAUGCCCAGAUCUACAUCCCUGGAGGCAAACUCAACAAUCAAUUCCGCUCAAAGGAUUAUGGUAUUGACUUGACCCCAAAAAUCAUGUUUUGUCAAUCGGACUUGUUGAGUUUAUUGGUCAAGUCGCGUGUUUACCGAUACUUGGAAUUCCAAUCUCUUUCCAAUUUCCAUGUUUUCGAAAACGAUGAUUUCCAGCAAAAGAUCAAUUCAACCUCGAAGGAGGACAUCUUUAUUGAUAAGUCUUUGUCGUUGUUGACCAAGAGGUACUUGAUGAAAUUCUUGAAAUUUAUCUUGUUGGAUUCCAAAGCAGAGUAUAAGCAAAAAGUCAAACCAUACAAGGACAAGCCAAUCCAAAUCUUCUUGAGAGAGCAAUUCAAAUUAGAGGAUCCUCAAAUUAAUGAGUUGGUAUACUCGAUUGGCUUAAGCUACAAGGAGCAAAUUAGCACAAAGGAAGCUCUCAUAAAGAUCAAGAGGUUUCUUUCUUCCUUUGACGUUUAUGGAAAAUUCCCAUGUAUGGUUUCAAAAUAUGGUGGCCCAGGAGAGUUGGCACAAGGUUUUUGUAGAAGUGCUGCAGUUGCUGGUACAACUUACAAAUUGAACACCACGUUGGUGGACUUUGACCCAGUUACAAAGAUUGCGCAUUUCGAUGACAAUUCGCAGAUCAAGAUUAAUGAAAAGGUUGUUAUUGCUCCUACGCAAUUACCCAAAUUUCUUCAAUCUAGCUAUAACCAAGCAGUGGAAAAUUUGCAACCACACUAUGUUACAAGACUUGUUACCAUUGUGAGGCGGGAUUGUAAAGAGUGGAUGUCAGCAAACGAGUCACUGGCAAUUGUUGUGUUUCCACCCCACUCAUUACCAACAAACAAUGAAUACUCAGUGCAGGUGGUCAUUCAGAAUGGAGGAACAGGAUUAUGUCCUGAAGGCCAAUCAAUUUGGUUCAGUCAAACUGUUGAACAGGAUUUGAACAGAGCCAAAAGUGACUUGGAAUCAGCCUACUCCAAGAUGGAAGAAUCAUUGUUGCGAGAGUCUUCAGACAAUAUCGAUGAAAUAUUAGAUGAGACGGAUUUCGUUGUUAACGCGCAAGGAACACCAGUGCUUGCAAACUCUUUCAAGUUGGGAUCACAUUUGCAAUCAUUUGUACCUAAAGAAACGGUUGAAGUUGUGUGCAAAUUGGGUUACGUUGAAAAGACAUAUGUCGCCAGCGACUUGUCAAACGUAUUCAAGCCAACCAGUGACAACAACAUAGUCCUCAAAGACAUACCAGAUGCCAAAAACCAAAUCAUAUUUACAAACUCACCAAGCUCAGAACUUUCGUAUGAUGGUAUAAUCACCGAUGUCAAGUCCAUCUAUCAAAAGAUUACCGGCACAGCCGAUGAUUUUUUUGAUGUUGAUUUUGAGGACGAAGAAGACGAGUACGAUAUCAAUAACCAGCCACCAAUCCCUCCAAAACGAGCCUCAGUUAUUGGUGGUAUCGUUGGCGGUGGAUCAGGUACAAGCUUGGCAGCAUUGCGUGAGCAACAUAAUGAUAAUGAUCAAGUGCAUGAAAAUGUAAUUGAUAGCGAUGACGAGAUGGAUGACGUGCAAAAUAGUGGUGACAGCAACGAGUCCAGUGACGAACCUUUUGGUGCCGAGACAAUGGAACUAUAA